GGCAGUUGCAUGUGUAAAGAAUACAGUAACCAGUUUGGCUUUGGAUGAAUAUAUAGUUUAUGCUUUGUGCUGUUUUUUAUGCAUAUAGUCCUCGGGAUUAAGUCUAAUUCGUUUGAUCUGCCUGGUCAAGUUGGCAACUUUUGUUGCUAUGGAAAUUUAGCAGCAGAAACGGCUUAGCCACCCAAUGACCUGCUGUAAAGGACUCUAUUACAUGCAAGUGGGUUGAGCUGGGACUCAGAGUGUUUUUUUUUUCUCUCUCUUUUUUUCAGUAUUCUCUCUGUGACAGUGCUUGCUGCUGGGUUGGUUAAAGUACUACUAUUUGCACCUGCUUAUCAUACCUCCAUUGACUGUUUGGCUGACCCGGCUGCUCCUCACAUCCAAGAGGGGGAGUUGCAAUGGCAAUUCUCAUACAUGAGAGGUGUAACAGGGUAAACAUGUUCUUGUUAAUCGUGCUAGAGCAUGAAUGAACUCGUAAAAUGCAGUGCAGUGCGACACAUAAUGGCUUUCACAAGGCAGCAAAACAUUUAGUGCGGUGCCGCUCUGAGAACUGCGCUUGGGAGCUGACUGAAAUGAGGUUAUUGCCUUUGAUUGCUGAUAUUGAAUAAGCUGACGUGAGGGGGGCUGUCUUACAGGACCUGCAACAGUUAAAGGGGCGUCCAACACACACUUUCCCUUGCUCUCAUUCACAUGUCUUUAUCAGUGGUCUGGAGCGUUAAUCCUCUUAAAUUCCAGUCAACAGAGGCGGGGCAAAUCUCUUACUGCGUUUUCAGUUUUCUCCACGGUUAUUUAGAGUGUGAGGCAAUGUGCAGGGUGCAUGGCCGACGGACUUAAUGCAAAACUGUAAUGUUUUUUUCUUCUCUAGAGUAGCUGUGUAGACAGUGCGUCCGGGAAAGCGGGCAGAUGCGGCUCCGGCCAUGACUCGUCCCAGGAAGCACGGCAUUGAAGCGGCGUUGAUCUUCCUGUCUGUCGCCCAGCUGACUGCAGCUCUGAAGUGUGUGUGCCAGCUGUGUACCAACCACACCUGCGAGACGAGCGCGGACGGGGCCUGCUGGAACUCUGUGAUGCUGAUUGAUGGGAAGGAGGAGACGGUGAAGUCCUGCCUGUCACCCUCGGAGAUGAAGGGCCAGGUCUUCUGCUACAGCUCCCGUAACGUCUCCAAGAGGAACUGCUGCUUCACUGACUUCUGCAACAACGAGACUCUCCACCUGUAUCCAGAGAGGCCUUUGGCUGAGCCAGGCUGGGGCAGACUGGAGCUCGCCAUGGUGAUCCUGGUUCCCUCCUGCCUGCUGUGUGUGUGUAUCCUGGUGGGGGUGUUUGCCGUGCAGGGCCAGCGCUGUAGUUAUGGCAGAGCCCACAAGCAGGAUGCAGAGGAACCUUUGGAUGACCAAAUGCUCAUGUCACCUGACAAAUGUCUCAAAGAUAUGAUUUACGAUAUGAGUACGUCCGGCUCUGGCUCGGGUCUGCCACUGCUGGUGCAGCGGACCAUAGCUCGGACAAUCGUCCUGCAGGAGACCAUAGGGAAGGGGCGAUUCGGGGAGGUGUGGCGGGGCAAGUGGCGAGGAGAGGAUGUGGCUGUGAAAAUAUUCUCCUCCAGAGAUGAGCGGUCCUGGUUUCGUGAAGCGGAGAUUUAUCAGACCAUCAUGCUCAGGCAUGAGAACAUUUUGGGCUUCAUUGCUGCCGACAACAAAGAUAAUGGCUCGUGGACUCAGCUGUGGCUAGUAUCCGAGUACCAUGAGCAUGGCUCCCUGUUUGACUACCUGAACAGGUACACGGUCUCUGUAGAGGGCAUGAUCAUCCUGGCUUUGUCCAUAGCCAGUGGGCUGGCACACCUCCACAUGGAAAUCAUCGGCACUCAGGGGAAGCCUGCCAUUGCCCACAGAGACAUCAAGUCUAAAAAUGUGCUGGUGAAGAAGAACGGCACAGCGGUCAUCGCCGACUUGGGGCUGGCAGUGAAACACGACUCCAGCACCAACACCAUAGACAUACCGUCCAACCACAGAGUGGGAACCAAGAGGUACAUGGCCCCAGAGAUCCUGGAUGAAACAAUCAACAUGAGCAGCUUUGAGUCAUUCAAGCGGGCGGAUAUCUACUCACUCGGCCUGGUGUUCUGGGAACUGGCUUGGAGAUGCUCCGUCAGGGGACUUCAUGAGGAUUUCCAGCUGCCUUAUUAUGACCUGGUGCCUUCAGAUCCGUCCAUCGAGGACAUGAGAAAAGUGGUGUGUGACCAGAAACUGAGACCCAACAUUCCUAAUCAGUGGCAGAGUUGUGAGCAGGCUUUGCGUGUGAUGGGCAAACUGAUGAGAGAGUGCUGGUACGCCAACGCUGCAGCUCGACUCACUGCACUGCGGGUCAAGAAAACACUCUCUCAGGUGACUGUCAUCAAGGACGUCAAAGAUUAGCUAGACUUGUUCCGCCGCAGAUCAGCACCGGUGCUGGCACUGGUGCAAACAAAGUGACUGAGAGUUGUUGGGAGCAAACUGUCCUCUCUAGCUGCCUGAGGCUGCCCCCCUCAGGAUGGGACCGCACUGUACAGCCUCAGUGAGCGUGAUCAGGUUGUUGCUCGUGCCAAAGGAUUGCAGGGGACUUUAAGGCAGACUUGCCUCGUUUUUGAGCUGAACUGCGCCUGUAAGUUCAGCUGAACGUUUGACAGGAAGAGCCAUGUGAAGAGGAAUAAUAUGUACAAAGGAUAUACAGAUUGUUUUGCUACCUCAGAUGUUGAAGUGCCCAAAGCUUGAAGUUGCACACUGAGAUGUAUUUUUGUGCCAUAUCUUGUAGCAAGCAGCGCUAGGUAGUGUGCUAACUGUCUGUCUCAAAGGAUAAGAUGCCCUUGCUGCUCUAAGUGGCCCCACAGGACACACAGACAUGCAUACAGACUGUCCAGAAUAAUCCUUACUAUAAAGUUUACACACUCCCCACUUUUGCUCAGUUAUUACUAUCUCACACAUUUUGUAGUAUGAAACCCAUGUGGAUGAUUUACUCCACAUUUUCCCCGAUGACAGCCUCUUGUAUCCCUUUGCUAAAUAUUUUUACUGUGAUCUGAUCCAAGUUAUUGAUUUGUCUUUAUGUCAAGAGAAGCACAGCUGUGAGCAUGAUUAGUUCUUACAAAAAUACUGCAGAUCUAAAGCCUUCAGUCAGUUAAACGAGCACUUUGUUGACUAACCAUUUAAUGCUGAUGUGGUGACAAGCAGUUUAUUAUCAACUUACAAAUGUACAUGUUUGUAUGUUUUGCAUUUGUGCAUACUUUUUAAGAAUGUUAUUGAUUGAUUCAAAUUGUGAAAUCCACACUACCCCAUGUACACGUCAAUAUUUCAAAUGACCUACAUACAAGUUAUCAUUAUCAUUGGCUGAUGUAGCUGUUUGGGAUGGAAUGUGUCACAAUAUGAUGAUGUGAUUUUAAUUGUGUAAAUGUAUAUUGGUAUCAGCAGUCAAUCAGUGUAAUUGUGUUUUCUUGAAUGCCUUUCAAGAGGAAUCUCACUUGCAGAGCACAGUCCUCUGGCUGGACAGAGAUGGUCAUCACUAUGAUUCAUAUGAUCACUAAUACUAUAGUCACACAUGGCUUGUAAAGCCUUGUCUUAAUAGGCUUAGGAAAAGGGCCCACGUGUGUGUGAGCAUGCCUGUGUGUGUGUGUGUGUGUGUGUGUCUGCAUGAAUUUGUGUGCGUUGUGUGUGUCUGUGUGUGUUCAUUUCAUAUCGCGGAUUGAUCCUGUAUUUAAAGAUUUGAGUUGUCAUCAUUGUGUUUUUAAAAUUUUACUGUGGGAAAAAAAAAAAACUUCUGCAGUUCCUAUCCACCACAGCUUUUAAUUUGUCUAGUUUUACAUUUGAUUUCUUUGACUUGUUUACUUUCUGUUGUUGCUAAAGCACGUAAGCCACUUCUGUAGCAGACUACAUUAUUUGUGUUGCAUCAGUGUUGACGUGUACAUAUUCUCUUAUUAUGAAGGGGUGUGGAUGACUGGACAAUGUGCACAAAGUCAGUGUUGCAUCAGCAGUGUUACAUAUUGAAAGUAAGCCAACAUAGGCUACUAUAUUGGCAGGUCAAAUAUGAGGAUUUUACAGUUUAAUCACUCAGUUAAUGUUCAUGUUCAAAUGUUUUUUUGGAGGGGGCAGAGGGUCAGAGAAAUUAUUGGUUCAUUUUAUAUAUGGAAUUAUUUUACACUGUGUUACAAGACAUAAUCGUAAAUAUAAAAAAAUGCAGUAUUGUGGCGUCUCGCUCUGCUUAUGUCCAUUGAAGAUGAGUUCAUUUUAUUUGUAUAGAGUUAUGUGGGGCCAAGCUUCUCUUGUGGUCUAUAUAUCUGGUUCUCCAAGAAUCAAGUGACAGAGGGCACAGAGACGUAUACAAGAGGAAAUGUCUAGCUUAUAAGAUUCAUCAGUCAUUCCAAAGAAAGUUGAUGACUAUGUGCAAUUUCUGAUUGGGGUCUUUUUUAUCUUGUGUAAGACACAUCCUGAAAAUUUCCCCAUGAGUAAUGUGAUGUUACUUUCAUACAACAACAAUCUGCAAAGGAUUGUUUUUUUGUUUUUUGUUUUUUUUUAAUCCUCCACUUAAUUAUAUCCAUACUUUUGAGUGAUGUGUAACUGUUUUUGUGUUGUUAGCUCAGUUGUGGAUCACUUAUAACAUGCCAUUGCGUUGUAUCUCUGCACUAUUUAUUGUACAUUAUAUAGAAAUAUGUGAUAUCAAGAGUCAAUAAACUAUUUUUCAUGAAUGUA